AUGGCCCUUGUUUGCGUGGAAAUCCCUCCCAGAGUUCACUCAGCCGGUAUUUGGAGAUAUGGUGGUGCGGUGCUAACUUCUGGUGGCGACGGAAGUUCUACAUUUCCAGUCCUCGAAAGGCAAAUGGGUUUGGCUUUCUUCACCACCCAAAUCCUUCAUCACAUUCUCAGGUGUUUUGGAAUUCCCGUCUUUGUCUCUCAAAUGCUGGCAGGUUUGAUCCUUGGUCCAGGGGUUCUGGGGAACAUCCCUUCUUACGCCAAAUUCAUGUUGAGCAUUGUGAGUCAGAACGUAAUUGGCACACUGACACUGUUUGGGUACUCGAUGUUUUUGUUUCUGAUAGGAGUGAAAAUGGACAUAGGCAUCGUACUUAGAACAGGGAGGAAGGCCUUGUACACUGGCGUUCUCGCCUCGCUUAUCCCUUUAAUUCUCAGCCUUCUCUCCCUUAAAUUCCUCACCAAUCCAAAACUUUUCCAGCUCACCAGAAAAGAUAUAUCCAACCUUGUCUUUUCAGCCAUCACCAACUCCCAGUCUUCAUUUCCUGUCAUCGCCUGCCUCCUCGGCGAACUCAAACUCCUCACUUCUGAACUUGGUCGCUUAGGACUCUCCUCCGCUAUUGUCUGCGACAUCUUGAGCUUGUUUCUCCGAUCUUUCACCCGUCUCGCUUCCCGUUCCAUGAACAAAGGCCAAACCGCUGGCCUCAUUCCUACUCUUCAAACCGCUUUCUUCAUGCUUGUCUAUAUCUUUGCUGUUGUUUAUGUGGCCCGCCCUGCCAUGAAUUGGAUCAUCCAGCAGACACCCAAAGGAAAGCCUGUUCACAAAGGCUACCUCUUCUUCAUCAUGCUCGUCGCCCUAAUCACCGGCCUCUUUUCCUACUGGUUGGAUCAAUUUUUCUACUUUGGCCCUUUCAUCUUUGGCUUGGCUGUCCCCGAUGGUCCCCCGCUCGGCUCCAGUCUCAUUCAGAGGUACGAUUUCAUGGUCUCCGCUGUUCUUCUCCCGCUCUUUGUAACCUCCAAUGUGCUGCUGGUGAAUCCCAAAGACAUGAGUUUUCAAAGCCAUGUUGUCAAGGCAAAUGCCACCCUCCUCCUUGUGAGUACCGCCGCCAAAUUGAUAGGCACUUUCGUGCCUGCGGUCUUCUGUAAGAUGCCUCUCAUGGAUGCUCUCGUGCUCGCUCUCAUCUUAAGCUGCAAAGGUGUUGUUGAGUUGGGCAACUUGGCCACUGAUGGCGAGACUUUGGACAACGAGGUUUAUUGUCUCAUGGUAUUUGCUAUCCUAAUCAACGCAUGCAUUGUGCCAUUGCUUGUGAAGCACUUGUACAAACCAUCCAGGAAGUAUGCAGGCUAUCAGCAAAGAAACGUCUCCUGUCUCAGACCCAACUCUGAGCUCCGCAUACUUGCCUGCAUUCACAGACAAGACAACAUUUCCGCCGUCAUCAAUUUGUUGGACGCCUGCUGUCCAACCAAAGACAACCCCAUUGGCCUCUAUGUCCUUCACCUCAUCCAGAUGUUCGGCCAAGCCACCCCUCUUUUCAUUUCCCACAGAAUGCAGAGGAAGACCAUCUCCAACUGCGCCUACUCAGAGGACGUGCUUCUUUCCUUCUUUAAUUUCGAGCGCGACUUCUGUGAAGCUGUCACAGUCCACCCUUUCACAGCCGUGUGUCCAUCCGAUUCGAUGCACGAGGACAUAUGCACCCUUGCUCUCGAUCGGCUCGCAUCUCUCUUGAUCCUCCCUUUCCAUCGGCAUUGGACUCUGGAUGGCUCCAUCAAAUCACAGGAUCCGACCAUAAGGUCCUUGAACAUCAGCGUCCUCGAAAGAGCACCGUGCUCUGUUGGAAUUCUUGUGAACCGUGGCCCUCUGAGACAGCAAGGCAAAUCCACCUCAUCCUCACAAGCACUGCAAUACAAAGUUGCCUUGAUCUUCUUGGGAGGAGAAGAUGAUAGGGAGGCAUUGGCCUUAACUCAACGGAUGGCAGCUGAUCCGAGCAUCAGCCUAACAGUCUACUAUCUCACAGCCUCGACAGACAGUGACGUCCCCGACUGGGGCCGGAUUCUUGACAUGGAGAGCUUGAGGAAUUACAAGGAGGCCUAUGUUAGCAAUGACAGCUAUGCAUUCUACACAGAGGAAGUGGCAGAAAACGGACCCCAAACUGUGGCGAUACUUCGGAAUAUUGUGAACCAAUAUGAGCUUUUGGUUGUUGGGAGAAGAAAGAACAUGGAAACCUCUCAAACUUCAGGACUUGAUGAAUGGAGUGAAUUCCCGGAGCUUGGUAUUGUCGGGGACAUGAUUGCCUCUGAUGAUUUCAGGUGCAGAUGCUCUAUCUUGGUGGUGCAAAAACAACAAUAUACGACUUCGUAA